AUGAUUGCAAUUGGUGAAUCUUUGGUGAGUGAAGACAUCCUGGAAAAGGAGUUUGUCUGUGAUUUGAGCAAGUGUAAAGGCGCCUGUUGCGUGGAGGGCGAUGCCGGGGCCCCAGUGGAAGCCGAGGAAGGUAAAAUACUGGCCGAGGAGUUUGCAAAUAUCCGCCCCUUCCUUCGGCCGGAAGGCAUAAAAGCAAUUGAAGAACGAGGCACCACCGCCACCGACCCCAACGAUGGCGAAUUGGUAACACCCUUGGUAAACGGUGCCGAAUGUGCCUACGUGAUUUUUGACGAAAACGGGACCACCAAAUGUGGCAUUGAAAAAGCCUUUGAAGCGGGUGCAACCGCUUUUCAUAAACCGGUGAGCUGCCAUCUUUAUCCAAUUCGCAUCACACGCUACCCCGAAUUUGAAGCGGUGAAUUAUCACAAAUGGCAAAUAUGCGAUCCCGCCUGUGCGCUGGGCGAAGAACUAAAAGAACCAAUUUUACAGGAGAACAAAAACAGAUUCGUACUCUUUCCCAUAGAGCACCACGAUAUUUGGGAAUGGUAUAAAAAGCAAGAAGCCAGUUUUUGGACCGCUGAAGAAAUUGACCUGCACCAGGACUUAAACGAUUGGAACAAUAAGCUCAACGAUGACGAGCGCUAUUUUAUCAAACACAUUCUGGCCUUUUUUGCCGCGAGUGAUGGCAUUGUAAACGAAAACCUGGCCGAAAACUUCGUGAACGAAGUGCAAUUUACGGAGGCCAAGUUCUUUUACGGUUUCCAGAUUAUGAUGGAAAACAUUCACAGCGAAACCUAUUCUUUAUUAAUUGACACUUAUAUAAAAGACAAGGAAGACCGCGACCGCCUCUUUAAAGCCAUUGAGAAUUUUGACGCCAUAAAGCGCAAAGCCGAGUGGGCGUUAAAGUGGAUUGAAAGCGACAGCUUUGCCGAGCGCUUGGUAGCUUUUGCAGCUGUGGAGGGCAUAUUCUUUAGCGGAUCUUUCUGCUCCAUUUUCUGGCUCAAGAAGCGCGGCCUGAUGCCGGGGCUUACAUUUAGCAACGAGCUUAUUUCGCGCGAUGAAGGCCUGCACUGCGAUUUCGCCUGCCACUUGCACAACAACCACCUGGUUAACAAAGUGCCCGAAGAACGCAUAAGAGAAAUAAUUCUGGACGCGCUUGAUAUUGAGCGCGAGUUUAUUACCGAAAGUUUACCGGUAAACCUUAUUGGGAUGAACGCCAAGUUGAUGACCCAAUACCUGGAGUUUGUAACCGACCGGCUGUUGGUGGAGUUGAACUGCGAAAAAGAGUUUAACGUAGAAAACCCCUUCGACUUUAUGGAUAUGAUUAGCCUGCAGGGCAAAACCAACUUUUUUGAAAAGCGCGUGGCCGAGUACCAAAAAAGUGGCUUUGACAAAAUCACCGCGCGCAUUCAAAAGCUGUGUUAUGGCUUAAGCGAGUUGGUAGAUUCUACCACCGUGGCCAUGAAGGUAAUUGAAGGCAUUUACGAAGGGGUAACCACCACCGAACUGGAUAGCCUGGCGGCUGAGGUGGCUGCGAGUAUGACCACCCGCCACCCGGAUUAUGCGCAGCUGGCGGCCCGCAUAGCCGUGAGCAACCUGCAUAAAAACACCACCAAGUCGUUCAGCGAAACCAUGACCGACCUGCAUGAGUAUGUAAACCCCAAAACCGGUUUGCAUUCACCGCUAAUUUCGGAUGACGUGCAGGAAAUCAUUCAGAAGAAUGCGGCUUUGCUGGAUUCUACCCUGAUUUACGACCGUGAUUUUGGAUACGAUUAUUUCGGCUUUAAAACCCUGGAGCGCUCUUACCUUCUGCGCUUAAACGGAAAAAUUGCUGAGCGCCCGCAGCACAUGAUUAUGCGUGUGGCCAUUGGUAUUCACAAGGAAGAUCUGGACUCGGCCAUUGAGACCUAUCACCUGAUGAGUAAAAAGUAUUUUACCCACGCCACGCCUACACUUUUCAACUCGGGAACACCCAAGCCCCAAAUGAGCUCCUGCUUCCUGCUAACCAUGAAAGAUGAUAGCAUUGAUGGUAUAUACGACACCCUGAAGCAAUGCUCAAAAAUUUCACAAAGCGCAGGCGGCAUUGGCUUGAGCAUACAUAAUGUGCGCGCCACCGGUUCUUACAUUCGCGGCACUAACGGCACUUCCAAUGGUAUUGUGCCCAUGUUGCGCGUGUUUAAUGAUACCGCUCGCUACGUUGAUCAGGGCGGAGGCAAGCGCAAAGGCUCUUUUGCCAUUUACCUGGAGCCCUGGCACGCAGAUAUCUUUGACUUCCUUGAUUUGAAGAAAAAUCACGGCAAGGAAGAAAUGCGUGCCCGCGAUUUGUUCUACGCCCUGUGGACGCCCGACCUCUUUAUGAAGCGCGUGAAGGAAGAUGGCAUGUGGACGCUCAUGGACCCCAACGAGUGUCCUGGCCUUUGCGAUGUGCACAGCGAAGAGUUCAACAAGCUUUACGAAAAGUACGAAGCGGAAGGCAAAGGCCGCAAAACCAUCAAGGCCCGCGAUUUGUGGUCGAAAAUCAUGGAGAGCCAAAUUGAAACGGGUACGCCUUACAUGUUGUACAAAGACGCGGCCAACGCCAAGAGCAAUCAACAGAAUUUAGGCACCAUCCGUUCUUCCAACCUGUGUACCGAAAUUAUUGAGUACACCGCUCCCGAUGAAGUAGCGGUUUGUAACCUGGCUUCGCUGGCGCUGCCAAUGUUUAUUGAAGACGAUAAAUUCGAUCACAAAAAGCUAUACGAGGUAACGUAUAAGGUAACCAAGAACCUGAAUCGCAUUAUUGACCGCAAUUACUACCCGGUGCCGGAAGCGCGCAACAGCAAUAUGCGUCACCGUCCGGUUGGUUUGGGUGUACAGGGCUUGGCCGAUACUUUUAUCAAGCUGCGCAUGCCGUUUACCUCGGAGGAAGCCAAAAAGCUGAACAGCGAAAUUUUUGAAACCAUUUAUUACGCAUCGCUUAAAGCGAGUAAAGACGAGGCUAUUGCCGAUGGGCCUUACGAAAGCUACGAAGGCUCGCCCAUUAGCCAGGGCAAGUUCCAAUUCAACAUGUGGGGCUUGAAAGAUACCGAUUUGAGCGGCCGCUGGAAUUGGGACGAAUUGCGUGCCGAAAUCAAAGCGCAUGGCGUGCGUAACUCGCUACUGUUAGCACCCAUGCCCACCGCGUCUACCAGCCAGAUACUAGGCAAUAACGAGUGCUUUGAGCCUUACACUUCUAAUAUCUACACGCGUAGAGUAUUAAGUGGUGAGUUCAUCGUGGUAAACAAACACUUGUUGCUUGAUUUGGUGAAUUUGGGCUUGUGGAGUGAAGACUUGAAAAACGAGAUCAUCCGCAGCAACGGUUCCAUCCAACACAUUGAGGGCAUUCCGGAAAACAUUAAGGAAUUGUACAAAACCGUGUGGGAAAUGAGCAUGAAAGACAUUAUUGAUAUGAGUGCCGACCGCGGUGCCUUUAUCGAUCAGUCGCAAUCGCUUAACCUGUUUGUGGAAAAUGCCAACGUGGGCAAAUUAACCUCCAUGCACUUUUACGCCUGGCAGAAAGGUUUGAAAACGGGCAUGUAUUACCUACGCACCAAAGAGCAGUUGAAGAAAGCCAAUGCGGCCGGUGAGCAGCGCGUAGCCGAAAUGGCCAAACGCAUGCAGGAGUUUACCGAUGAGGAA